UUGUCGACGCGCUACUGUCAUGUCCGUUCCCUCGAUAUCAGAACUUGAGCAGGCAGCAAGGGAUGUGGUCAACGAAGCCCGCAGGGAUGGCUCUCUCAGCUCCCUCACACCUCGAAUCGUCCGCCAGAAGCUCGAACUCAGGUUCGAGCUCGACGAAGGAAGUUUGGACGUCGCAGAAUACAGAAAGCCGCUGAAGAAUGCGAUCACGGCUGCGGUGAACGACGAGGAGGAGAUCGAGGAGAAGGCCGAUAGCGGAGAUUCGCUGACACCGGCACCUGCGAAGAAGAGGAAAUCGCAAACUCCGGCCGAAAACUCGGAACCUACCAAGAAGCAGAAGACUGCGCACAAGCCACCACGUCCUGCCGCAACAAGGGAUAAUUCCUCGAAGAAACAGUUCAAAUCAUCGGAAGUCGUCAUGUCUUCAGAUGCAGAGGACGCUGACUUGAUCAAGUCGGACAAUGAGUCCUCUACUGAACCGAAGAGUCAACCGAGUACGUCCAAACCCCCUAAAUCGUCAACCUCGAAACGCAAGGCGAAACCCCGUCGGUCGCAGUCAGCCGAACUUUCUGCCGACAGCGACUCGGAGAAGCCAAAAGCCAAGGCGAGGAAACCGUCUACUUCUGGGACCGUCAAGAAAACAAGCGCAAGCAGUGGAGAUAGUAAGGAGGACGAGGAAAUCAAGCGCUUGAAGUCUUUUGUCGUAGCAUGUGGCACGCGAAAACAAUGGGCCCGCAUCUUCAAGGACGUCAGUCCAGCUGAACAGAUCAGACAGCUCAAGGGAAUGCUGAAAGAGUUGGGUAUGGAAGGCCGGUUGAGCAUGGAGAAGGCCAAAGCCAUAAGGGAGAAGCGGGAGUUUGAACAGGAGCUUGAGGAUGUGCAGAGUUUUGCGGCGGCUACUGCAACGAGAGGCUCGAGAGCCAAAGCGGCGGCAGUCGAAGAAAACCAAUCAAGUUCAGAGGAAGAAGAUUUGGGAGCAAAACGCAAGACCAAUGCACGGAAGAGUAUCAUGGCCUUCCUGGGAGAUCAGAGUGAUGACUCGGAAUAAAUCGCUCCUGACAUCAUGUGAACAGUGCUCUUGACCAAAUGUCUCAUGCCUGAAAAAACACUCCGUGCAAUAUGCUGAGAGUGCUGCGAAAGAUGAGAUCAGCGCCUCUAUAAGCAAGUUGAAGAGAUCAUCGCCUUUAUAAGCAAGCUUGACAUUGAGCGCUAUGAACCAAUUAAUUAUCCAAUCUCAAGUCAACCCCGCGUACUUCAAUGGCACUCACUAUCAAGGUCGGAGAUACCAUCCCCAAGGGCGAAUUCGGUUACAUUCCAUACGCCCCAGAGCUGGAUGAUCAUGCACGUCUUGUUUAUGCAUCGCUGAGAAGGGCUCGACUUACCUAGCCAACCCCGUUCUAGUCUGCUUGCGGAUUCCCGAGCAAGCUAAGCACUGACGAGUGGAAGGGGAAGAAAGUUGCCCUCUUUUCCGUGCCAGGCGCGUUUGCUCCCACCUGCCAUGUCAGCCAUCUUCCGGAAUACAUGGAAAAGUACGACGAGCUGAAGGCGAAGGGCGUCGAUGUCAUCGCCGUGGUUGCUGCCAACGACGUGUUCGUCAUGAGCGGCUGGGCACGAUUCGAGAAUCUCAAGGACAAGAUCCUGGCCCUUUCUGACACCUAUGCCAAGUGGUCAGCGAGUCUCGGCCUGUCUCUGGACUUGACCGGGAAAGGCCUCGGUGUCCGCACUGCGCGCUAUGCGAUGAUCAUCGACGACCUAGUCGUCAAGUACGUCGAGGUCGAAGAGGCCGAGGGGGUGGUCACCGUCAGUGGUGCAUCCGCAGUCCUGGCCGCUCUGUAGAAAGUAAUAUAUCGGACAGAAUAGCAAAUCCGAGAGCAGAUACCAAAUUACUGUCAGGAAAGACCAUCGAAG